GCAGAAUUCCCAUUCAGUUUCAUUUCUUCUUUCCCUUUCUCUUUCAUCUGAGAACGCAUUCUCUAUUCUUCUCCCAACCAAAGCAAGCGACCGAACAGUACAUCCACCACCACACCACCGCUGGUGAGCCGCGACCACUCUCCUCCUUCUCCAUCCAUCACCGCUGCAUACUCCUCCAUCUUCUGUUUCGAUUAUUCAGUUUAGAGACAUCUCUCUCCACAACAAACCCUAAUUGUUGUAACUUAUAUAUUGGAGCAAGAAGAUAGCUAUGCGGUUGUAGCUUAAUGUUGGAGAAGAGAAGAAGAGUUAUUCAUGAUAAAAUGAAACCUUAGAAAAGAACUUUGAGUUUCACAACUAGCUAGAGCAAGAGCCAUAGGAGAGAUCAUAGUUUAGUAUUCGGAGCUGUCUGUGCCUUACUGCCAGUUUAUUUUCUGCUGUUUUCAGUUUUUUACUGGUUUUUUGGUGCUGCUGGUGUAGCAGAUCAGCGCUGCUUGCAGCUGUUUUUCUGUCUUUGGUGGAUGCUUUUCAAUGAUGCUUGGCUAGUUCAGGAGUGAGGCAGGGGUAUGCUUGCUCUAUGCUAGUAUAUACUUCGGCCUCAUUGUUUGAUGCCAUUGUUGGUUUUGGGUUUUCUCGGUGAAUUGGUGUUACGUAUUUAGGUAGCACCUCUUUGUAUUUUUUCCCAUUUUUUCCGCAAGUUUUUUUAAUAGCAGCCACCCCAAACUUUUUUGUCUGGCUCCGCUACUGUUUCAAUCGAAAUUCAAAACCCUAAUUCCCCAAACAAUGGAAGCUCUCUACAAAAAACUCUACUCCAAAUACACCACUCUCAAGACUAACAAACUCUCCGAAUUGGAAGAUGUUCACAAGGAACAAGAACUCAAAUUCCUCAAAUUCGUCUCUGCUGCGGAAGAUGUGAUAGAUCACUUGAGGACUGAAAAUGAUAAGCUUCUUGGACAAAUCAAUGAUUUGGGUAAUGAAUUGACUUCAGUUAGGGUUGCCAAAGACAAUGAACUGGUUGAACAUAAAAGGCUUUUAUUGGAGGAAAAGAAGAAGAAUGAAGCUCUUUUUGAAGAAGUUGAGAAGUUGCAAAAGCUUCUGAAGGAAGGAACUUCCGGUGAUUUAAGUAACAGAAAAGUCGUGAACAAUACCUCCAAUAACUCAUCUAUAAGAAUGACAAGAAAACGUAUGAGGCAGGAACAGGAUGCAUUGGACAUAGAAGCAAGGUGUAUACCAUCUGAAAAUGAAGGUAAUUCUGUGGAUAGAGAGUCAACACGAAGCUUUCUCAAGGAGAAUGCUUCCAAUAAGCGGCAGGAGUGCUCUUCUUCUAAGGCCAAUGAUCAAUCAGGCGUUGAUACACAAGAAAGUGAUCAUCAAAACUGGCUUGUUCACGCUCUUUUUGAGUAUACAUUGGAUAUGAAAUUAUCCACUGACUGUCAAACUGGACGAUUAUGUCUCUCUGCAAUGCAUCAAUCAAGUGCUUGGCAGUCCAUCAGGUGCUGGCUCAGUGGUUACUCCUUCAGUAUAUCAUGGAUUAGCAGAGCCCCUGGAGAGGAAGCAGAACUGCUAUACCAUGUUUUAUCUCUAGGCACACUUGAAAGAUUAGCACCAGAAUGGAUGAGGGAAGACAUCAUGUUCAGUCCAACCAUGUGCCCCAUAUUCUUUGAAAGGGUGACGCAUGUUAUCAAUUUGAAACAAUGAGGUUUCUCUUUUCAUGGCUUUAAAUUUUCAUCGGUUUACCCACCACCUUUUGGAUAUGGCUUUGAUGUACAUAUUUCCUUCCACUUCAAUUAUUUGGACUAUUGAUGAGAAACUAGGAAUGAAACUUGAGGCUAAAACAUGAAAAUGACGUCACCUAAUUAAUUUGAUUAAUGAAGUGGAGACACAAUGGGAGGCUCAAGUAAAGAUACAAGAAACAUUCAUGGACUGCAUCUAAUCAAGAAGACCAAGUUUUAUCUAUUUUAUUAGUAUCAGUUUUCGUACUGUUUUUAGACUGAAAUUUUUGUGACCUUUUUAGUGUUCUAGCCUAACUUAAUGUUGUCAAUUAGUACUCCAAGUCAUUAUAUUGGCUAGUGAGAAUUUAUUUCCUAGUUUGAGGUUAUUUUAUAUGUAAAUGCACUUAUCAACGCGAGAAGCUACUUCCAGCUUUCAAGCUUAGCCUAUAAAUACCUAUGUAAGACUACAAUCAAGGAAUUUUUUAUGCAAUUUGCAUUUUGGAGAGCUUGGUGCCUCUUGUA